UUUAUCUUUUGGUCCCUUAACCCAUCUGCAUUUGAAUACAUCCCCAAUCAUAUAUCUGUUAUUUGCACUCUCACCCCUGUCUAUUUAUUUGAGAUGACCUUUGCGCUCUCGUUCGAGGGGUUUCUAUCUCAUUCACCUUCUCGAAGCUGAACUCAUCGGCUCCCUGUAAAAAGCCGGCGCCUCAAUACAUUCAGGUUUCUUUGAGCUGUACCAUAAGCUUGAGAAAACUUCGAGCAAAAAUGGCUUUGCGAACCGUAAUUACCAAAAAACCCCUAAACCCUUCGCGAUUGGGUUUUCGGGGACUGCAGACAGUGUCACUACCAGAUCUUCCCUACGAUUAUGGUGCCCUUGAGCCCGCCAUCAGUGGGGAGAUCAUGCAGCUUCACCACCAAAAGCACCACCAGGCUUACAUAACUAAUUACAACAAGGCUCUCGAGCAGCUUGACACUGCCAUUUCGAAGAAGGAUACUUUGACCAUCGUCAAGGUGCAGAGUGCCAUCAAAUUUAAUGGCGGAGGUCAUGUUAAUCACUCAAUUUUCUGGAACAAUCUUGCUCCCGUUCGUGAAGGUGGUGGUGAACCUCCCGAGGGCUCUUUAGGUUUGGCUGUGGAAAAUGCAUUUGGGUCAUUGGAGGGGCUUAUUCAGAAGAUGAAUGCAGAAGGUGCAGCUUUACAAGGCUCCGGAUGGGUGUGGCUUGCUCUUGACAAAGAACUGAAGCGCCUGUCGGUCGAGACCACCUCAAAUCAGGAUCCACUGGUUACUAAAGGAGCAAGUUUGGUUCCAUUGCUUGUACAAGAAUGUGAGACCAGAGUACUUGAAGAAUAUAUGGAAUGUGAUGAACUGGAAAUAUGCGACCAGUGUGUACGAAAAAGAGCGUGCUUGAGUGGACAACUCUUUCAUUGUUCGGCAAAUGGUGGUUUUCAUUAGUUGGUCUAAAAGACUUGAGUUGUGUAUGCAGGAAAUAAAUUUGUGAGGACAUAAAUAAGCAGGUCCUUUUAUUAUCUAAACAUCGUGCUCGUUGCACAAUCGUAUCCAAUUUGGUUUUCAUUCAGUCGUUUAAUUAAUUGCUACGAGUUUUUUUAUUGGUGAGAAUCGUUAAUGUUGCUCCUUUCUACUACAAUCUUUCGGUCGAUUUUAGCAAUCUGUUCUGGGAGUUGAUAUACUCUCAAUAAUGUUUCAACUACUGUUCAUAUCUUGAAUAAUAUGAACGAUGCAAUUGCAAAACUGCAUGAAAUGUAGCG